GGGUGCGCCGACAGUCCGGACCUCCCCAUGGUGUCCUAUACAAAUAAUCUUGCAAUCUUGCAACCUCUCCUUUCUCUCUCGAUUAUAUUAUUCCCCCUCUAUUACCUCUCCAAGCCUUACAAUUGGAAAAAGCAUUCAAGGCCUCCAUCGAAGCAUUUUAGCAGCCUGGGCGCGGGGCUGCAGUGUGAAUUUGACAAUUCAGGGGUAAAAUACACACUCCAGCUAAAAACCCCGCCUUCGAGCUUUAACCUCAACUUAAUCCCCAUCCUCGAGCUUCUUGAUCCAGCUUCUUGAUCCAGCUCCAUAUUCACACUCCCCUUUAGAUUCUCGUGCACUUUGCCUUUCGGCGUGGUGGAUGGUGGGUAUCUAGGUAUGCAAAUGGUGGGCAAAAACACGCAUCGGCAAGACUAAGGCCAUAGUCAACGUCAACAUGCCAUAAAUAGCCACGCCUCCUUCUCCAUACAGCACCUUCUUCUUUCCUCUCCCCUUCUUCCACCUCCACCACUUCACUGCGGUUCACACGAACUCAAAUCUCCAGCUUCAGCUUCAACUUCCUCCUAUUGCACUCGUGGACUUUAGUAAACCUUUUUAAUAUCGACGAAAGUUACUACAGUCGCUUUGCACAUCAACAAGAUGCGUUCCUCUACUAGUCUCCUUGCGCUUGCAGCCACCCUCUCAACUGCUUCUGCCGCCGCAUAUAAGGGCUUCAACUACGGUGCUACCAAGUCUGAUGGAUACGCUCCUCGACUUCAAUCCGACUUCCAGGCUCUUUUUCAGACGUCCAAGAACUUGAUUGGAGCUUCUGGCUUCACCAGUGCUCGUCUCUAUACCACUAUUCAAGCUGGUACUGCUAGUGAUCCAACCUCCGCUAUUCCAGCUGCCAUCGCCGAAGACAUCUCCCUCCUCGUUACCCUCUGGGCUUCAGGAACUGCCUUCCCCAAUGAAUUGACUGCUCUUAAGACUGCUAUUGCUCAAUAUGGAAGUGCUUUCACAUCUCGUGUUGCUGGUAUCUCAAUUGGAAGUGAGGAUCUCUACAGGAUCUCGCCCACUGGUAUUGCGGCUUCCUCCACUGUUGGAGCUGACCCCGCUACCAUCGUCGACUAUAUCAAGCAAGUUCGAUCUGCCAUUGCUGGUACUGCUUUGAGUGCUGCCCCUGUUGGACACGUCGAUACUUGGACUGCUUGGGUCAAUGGUUCCAACCAAGCUGUCAUUGACAACUGUGACUGGAUCGGCGUUGAUGCCUACCCAUACUUCCAGAACACCCAAUCCAACGGCAUCGAGAAUGGUGCUGCUCUGUUCAACGAGGCUGUUGACAACACUGUUAAAGCUGUUGGAAGCAAGCCAGUCUGGAUCACCGAGACUGGAUGGCCAGCAUCAGGAAAGACCGAGAACCUAGCAGUCCCCAACACCAACAAUGCCCAGAAGUACUGGCAAGAGGUUGGAUGCCCAAGAUUUGACGUUGUUAACACUUGGUGGUACACUCUUGAGGAUACCGACAACAACGCUUCUCCCAACCCAAGCUUCGGUAUUGCACCAGGCUCACCUCUCAGCAGCACCCCUCUCUUUGAUCUCUCCUGCUCUGGAGUCUCUUCUGCCAAGCCAUCAUCCACUGUUACCGCUGCUUCUAGCUCCGCAUCCAGCGCUAUCUCAUCUGCCUCGUCUUCUAUCACUGGAGGUGAAAUUGUCGCUACUGGAGGUGGUCUCUCUCCAACUAAGCCUGCUGUUGAUGGUUCCGCUGGAACUGUCUCUGCCACUGCCACUGGGACGGCAGUCUCUGGUGGAUCAGGAUCAGGAAACAACACCCUCUUGACCACUGCUAUACCAACAGGUACUGGCUCAAGCCCAAGCUCUACAACACCAGCAUCUGUAUCUGGCAACUCAGCUUCCACCGUCUCUGGCUCCAUUGUUGGACUCAUUGGUGGAUUGUUGGUUGCUUUUGCUCUUUUGUGAACUUUGUAGAGUUUGAGUAUGGGUUGAUGGCAUUAAAACGGCUGUUGUGCGAGCAUUAGGGCUUUGUAAAUUAAUAACUAUUUCUUACAGGACUAGCCAGCGUAUCAACGGUAUCCUUAUACAUAAAUAGUAUCAAGAGUUCGAGGUUAUUAAUAAUCGGGCAUUUCUCUAUAAAUAUACUUAUACUAUAGUUUAUAGGCGUACGUUUAUAUAGAAAGCUCUCUCCAGGUUGAUAGAGAUUGUACAGCUGGUGGUAGGCUUGAGAGGCUCCAUAGAAUCAGUGUUGGCCUUGGACAUGAACGAUAAGAUCACGGAGGCAGAGAUGCCCGAGUUAGUGGCGUCGAAGAUGACUUCCAAGCUCUUCUUCUGAAAUCUCUUGGUCUCAGCGUUGACGACACCAAAAGACUCCUCCACUUUGUUGGCUACUUUCCACCAGCGGUUUCUGUCCGGCUGAAGGCUCUUCUCAUUGACCACUGUGGGACGCCUGACCUUUGCAGCUUCAGAGAACUUGGAUGCCGCGAAGCCAGGCAAGCAUAUGUAGACGAAGUUAGAACCGUAACCUUUACCUGUGUGGUAAGGAAUCUGCACAUUGUCAAAAGGCAUGGUGGUGCUAGUAUAGUUUCCAUACUUAAAG